AUGAAGUUGAUGAACGUCUUCUUAGUUCUAGCAGUGGCAAUGGCCUUGAUCAUCGGUGUCGCCACGGCAACAAUGCCUAGCAAAGAAGAAGAAGAUGAUGCCAUGGAAUUGUCUCUAGAGCUUGAUCAAGAUAUGGUAGUGGACCCUUUCAACCAUUCCUUGCCUGAAAGAGAACAACCAUCAUCUUCUUCUACUUCUCUAAGGGGAGCUAGCCAGUUCCUGAGACACAAGAGUAGUAGCCCCAGGCAACGGAUGACUUGCAACAGAUACCCUAGGAUAUGCAGAGCAAAGGGCAGCCCUGGACCCGAUUGCUGCAAGAAGAAAUGUGUUAAUGUGUCCACAGAUAGAUUAAAUUGUGGGAUUUGUGGGAAGAAGUGUAAGUACAACGAGAUAUGCUGCAGAGGUAAAUGUGUCAACCCAUCCUUCGAUAAGAAGAACUGUGGGCGAUGCAACAAUAGGUGCGAGAAGGGGAGAUCAUGUGUACUAGGGAUAUGCAACUAUGCUUAG